GUGGGAGGAGCCUCGUAAUCCUCUCAGCCAAUGGCGCGGCGGUGAGGCAGAGUGAAGCUGCGGCUGCAUCACACAGCAUCAUUUCAUUGAGCGCCGCUCAGCUGAGCUCCAGCACUUCGUCUUCUGCUCCUGUCCCAGACAAAGGAUGACAUCAGCACAGCUUCACUGAGAAACACUCAUAUUCAAAUUCCUCUCAUGCAGAUCUUUCCUGUCAUUUUAUUGAAAGAAGAGCACUCAUGUAAAGCACUGGUGAAUGCUUCACGCUUGCAUGAGGUUACUGAGAUGCUCUUUCCGCAUCUGAACUGUUAGCAGCCACCACAGGCGAGAGAGGAGGAAGAGGAAGAGGAAGAGGGGGAGGGGAGCCGAGCCGCAGAGAGAGAGAGAGAGAGAGAGGAAUCACACAGGAGAAGCAGAAUUCCAGAAGCACCUGUUCCUCUAAUAUGAUCAUGGAUAUUAACAUCCAGUCUCACCGCUUCUACUUCCCGCAGAUCUACUGUGAACCCGGCGUGCCGCUCGCUGACAUCAAGGUCAGCGAGCAGAGCAUCUGUCAGGCCCGCGCCUCCGUCAUGGUCUACGACGACACCAGCAAAAAAUGGGUGCCGAUCAAACCGGGUCAGCAGGGCUUCAGUCGAAUCAACAUCUACCACAACACGAGCAGCAACACCUUCCGCGUGGUGGGAGUCAAACUGCAGGACCAGCAGGUGGUCAUCAACUACUCCAUCGUGAAGGGUCUGAAGUAUAACCAGGCCACGCCCACCUUCCACCAGUGGCGUGACGCGCGGCAGGUGUACGGACUCAACUUCGCCAGUAAAGAGGAGGCCACCACCUUCUCCAACGCCAUGCUGUUCGCCCUCAACGUGCUCAGCAGCCAGGACGCAGGUCCAGCUGUUCAGCGUCAAGUCCAGAACGGGCCGGGUUCAGAGGAGCUGGAGGUCCAAAGACGGCAAAUGGAAAUGCAGCAGCAGCAGCAGCAGCAGCAUAUUGAGCGGGAGAGACGAUCGUCCAACUCAGGUUCCCCGUUUCAGGGUCACCCCGCCGUGCUGUCUGUAGCUCCUCCCAUUGUGGCCCCGCCUCCUCUGUCGAUGGGCGGUCCCUGUCCUCCUCCCCCUCCCCCGCCCGGGCCGCCGCCCCCCUCUGCCGGAGCUCCACCCCCUCCACCGCCUCCUCUGCCUGUGGGUGGGUACGGGGGUCACGCCCAGGACGAUAGCCACGCCCCCACGGGUCUCGCCGCCAUGAUCGCCGGAGCCAAACUGCGGCGCGUGCAACGGCCGGAGGAAAACUCUGCAUCCGCAGCCAAGAACGAGGCCAACCGGAGCAGCGGAGGCAGCGGAGGACUGAUGGAGGAGAUGAACGCGCUGCUCGCACGCAGACGGAAAGCAGCAGAUGAGAAGAAGGACGGAGAAAGCCAAAGUGACGAUCCCGCUGUGAAGAAGCCGUGGGACCGAGCGAAUUCAGCGGAGCGGUCAUCACUGGUGUCCAGGGUUCGAGCCGUGGGCAGCAUCAGCGAUGCGGACGCUUUAGACUUCGACAGAAUGAAACAGGAAAUCUUGGAAGAAGUGGUUCGUGAACUGCACAAGGUGAAGGACGAGAUCAUCGAUGCCAUUAGACAUGAACUCAGUCGAAUCAGCACCACAUAAUGUCCAUCGAAGCCCUGCAGAUCCUGCUGUAUACAGCUGUAUUAAAGCGCUCGUUUUAACACGUCUGCAACGCCGAGGAGCCCUGGGCUGAGAGGAGCUGAUGAAGCACUGAAGAAAACAUCUGGAGUCCUUCUCAUUUGUCUAGAUUAUUAUUAUUAUUAUUAUUAUUAUAGGUAUAGUUGUUGUAGUAGUAGUAGUAGUGUUUUCAUGUAGACAUAGGAAUUAAUAAUAAUAAUAAUAAUGAUAAUAUCAUUGCACAUCACUUCAGCAUUAGCCUUUUAAUAUUUUUGUUUUACUUUUCCUCAAGAUUCAUCAUGAGCACAUUCCUGUUUUUUAAGAGUUUUUUUUUUUUAUCCUUUUUGCCAUAAUUAUGUAUUUAAUCACUGAAGGAGGGUUUUUUAAAAAGCAUCAUAGGCUGUUCUUGAGUAAUUAUCUAAUGAACAGACAUCACACACCAGAGUAUUUGUGAUCAUGUUGUUAAUAAAAUGUUUAUUGGCUGCGAGGACAUUGUGAAGUAUGUUCUGUUUUAUGAUUUCUCUUUUUGACCAAGUGCUUCCUGGUUUGAACAACAACAACAAAAGAUAUACAUGACAUUCAGAAAGAAGUGAAAUAAAGAGUGAAGGUUGUGUUGGA